AGUGUUCCAGUGAACUUCAAGUCCCAGAACCCUCGGCUUCUUCGGACCUGACUGGCUGGCUGGCUGGACUCGAGAGCAAUGGCAGCUCCUCGCGGGGACACGCGUGCGGUCGGCGAGAGAUCAAUACCGGGGGGUGUGAGGAUGGAGAGGUCGAUACUGGACCGGGUUCCGUCGCUGCUGACCGACCUGUACCAGUUCACCAUGGCCUACGCGUACUGGCGGGCCGGGCGUCACCAGGACUGUGCGGCGUUCGAGUUGUUCUUCAGGCAAAAUCCGUUUGGUGGCGGCUUCGCUCUGUUCGCGGGACUCAGCGACUGUCUCAACUACAUCAAGACUUUCCACUUCACGGACGAAGACGUGGACUUCCUGCGUUCCGUCUUGCCGCCAGCCACCGACGCGGCCUUCUUCCAGUACCUGCGAGGUCUGGACUGUUCUGGCGUCACGCUGCGCGCCGUCCCAGAGGGCACGGUGGUCUUUGCCCGGGUAAGGGGAUCAGGGUUGUGGGCCCGUGGAGGCUUGAAGGGUCAGAACUGUGUUGUUUGCAAUGUGUUGCAGGAGCCUCUGAUGGAAGUUGCCGGUCCGCUGGUUGUUGUUCAGUUGUUGGAGACCAGUCUGCUUUGUCUGGUCAACUACGCCAGUUUAGUUUGCAGUAACGCUGCCCGCUUCCGCCUGGCAUCUGGCCACAAGAGGAAACUUCUGGAGAUGGGUCUCAGAAGGGCUCAGGGGCCGGAUGGAGGGCUGACUGCGUCCAGAUACUCGUAUAUUGGAGGCUUUGAUAUGACCAGUAAUGUUCAGGCUGGUUUGCUGUUUGGGGUCCCAGUUUCAGGGACUAUGGCUCACUCGUACGUCACCUCUUUUACGUCUUUGGAGGAGGCUCUGCCCAAAACUCUCGUCGCUGUGAACGGGAACCGUGACGCGGUAGAUUUAAUCUCGCUCACCAAGAGUUGGCUGGGUCGAGUGUGUAAGCUUCUGGGGGCGGACCCGGAGAAGAUUCAUGAUGGGGAGUUGGCGGCAUUCCUGUCGUACGCCAUCGCCUACCCCAAGAAUUUCCUGCCAGUGAUUGAUAGCUACAGUGUCACCUGCAGUGGUCUGUUGAACUUCUGUGCCGUGGCGUUGGCGCUGUGUGAACUGGGCUACAGACCGCUGGGGGUUCGAUUGGACAGCGGGGAUCUCUGCAAGCAAUCGCUGGACGUCCGAAGUGUCCUGAGACUCUGCAGUGAGCACUUCUCCAUCUCGGCCUUCGACUCGCUGACCAUUGUUGGGAGCAACAACAUCUCAGAGCAAACCAUGGUGGAACUCAACACCAAGGAGAACGAAAUCGACGUGGUCGGUGUUGGAACGCAUCUGGUCACCUGCACCAAACAGCCCUCGCUGGGUUGUGUGUACAAGCUCGUGGAGGUACAAGGCAAGCCAAGGAUGAAGAUCAGCGAGGAUCCGGAGAAGAGCACGGUCCCAGGACGGAAAGCCGUCUACAGGCUGAUUGACGCUGACGGAUAUCCUUUUCUGGACCUGCUGUGUCUGGCACUGGAGUCUCCGCCCGAGGCUGGCCGUCCUGUGAGCUGCCAUCCUCUGGGCACCUGUGACACGCCGCUCACCGUCACGCCAGCUGAGGUCACCUGUCUUCGCCAGGAAAUGUUUACAAAAGGACAGGUGACACAACCUCUGAGCAGCGCCGCACAAUCCAAAGAACAAGUCCAGCAGUCACUGCAGAAGUUGCACCCUCGACAUAAGCGGCUGCAAGAGCCCGACUCUUACACAGUGGCGCUAUCGGAGAAGCUUCACAUGCUGGCUAGGGAUCUCAGGAGAGGAAUCACAAAUAAGAACAAUGUUGUUUCGCCCAACUAAAAAAUGUUUUUAUUUUUAUUUUCUUGUUUGUUGAUGUUGCAUUGUCAACAUAAAUAUAACUUGAAUAACACUCAAAUGUAUUUUUUUUUAACCACAAUAAAUACAUUUUUUUCAGUCA